UUGCUUAUUCCGUAUGUAUGCAUAAUUAAUCACCUUUCCGCUUUGGACCUUGAAACAAUCAAAUUUAAAUUCAUGCAUGCUGCAUUUUACAGCCAGUAAGCAAUACAGGCAUGAGCUGAAAUUUUACAUACAAAUUUAAAAGUAAAUGAAAUAUACAACAAAAACAAACUCAGUGAGGCUGAGAUUGGAAAAUGACCCUCCAUCAGGAAGAAAAUGUAGAAUAACCCACAAACAUAGAGUACACAUACCUUUUUCCACAACUUGCUUUUCUAGUCAGUGUAUUUCUAUGCCGGGGCUCUUCCUCAGCGCCCCGUGUCACCCUCUGCUUAGCAACAUUAGCUAAGCACGGCUCCGGGUUAACUCGGCGAUGGAAACUGUCCCCAGUUUCUCAGUCACCUCCGACGAAAAUGAAGCGAUAACUUGCGACAGUCCCUGCUCAGAAGACGGAUUCGUCGACGUGUUUGGCGACCUGGCCGCCCUCCCGGUCGAGGUUUGCGAGAGAAGACCGACAUGUUUACGAUGCCGUCGUCCUCAGAAGGUGUGUCUGUGUCCUUUCCUGCCACUGCACCCCUUGGAGGUCUCCACAUGUCUCUACAUAGUGCAGCAUCCGGCAGAGGAGAGCAGGGUACUUCGCACAGUGCCUCUCCUUGCUGCAUGUUUGCCCCCAGGAAAGUGCAAUGUCUUAGUUGGAAGGAGAUUCAGUGAAGAAAAGCACCCAGAGCUGGCUGCUGUGUGCCGGGACAGUAGAACACUGAUCUUGUACCCAGGUCCUAAUGCCCAGAACCUGGAGGAGCUGGUGCAAAAUCAGGGAGGUCAGCAAGACCAGGAACUUGGCACUGUAAAACAUAACAUCAUCAUCAUAGAUGGGACGUGGAGCCAGGCUAAAUACAUGUUCCUCAGAAACAGUCUCCUCCACCUGCCGAAACAGGUGCAGCUCAGCAGGGCUCUGUCCAGUCAGUAUGUGAUCCGCACACAGCCCUCCAACAUCUGUCUGUCCACUCUUGAGUGUGCUGCUGUCGCCUUGUCCAUCCUGGAGCGGAAUGACGACAUCCAAGAGGUUCUCUUGAGGCCCCUGAGAGCUCUCUGCUCUUUCCAGCUGCAGCACGGUGCUCAGGUUCAUCACAGCAAAGAACAUCUACUGAAGAACGGCAUGUAUGAUAAACCCAUGCCCAAGAACAAACGCAAGAUAAAGAGGAUGGAGAAACUUGUGACUGACAGAAACAUUUGCCCGAGAUGAGCGACUGACUCAGACUGAGUGAAAGAUUAUUUAGAGCCCCAAAUCACUGUUUACAGUCUCUGUGGGCUUUUCAGGCCCACAAGUAUACAACAGACAAUAAAGGCCCUCUGACUUAACCUUCAUAGCGGGAAAGAUAAAAACUGCCCUAAAAAUCCCCAAGUGGAACCGUGAAAAAUUGAAGAAAUCUUGAAGGGCCACAGAGAGAGAAGACCCCUUCAUUGCCAGACAGGUGUGCAAUAGCUGCCGACCUGGUGUGCAAAUUACAAAUAAUACGGUCAUCAUGCAAAAGAAAACACACUAGCAGACAAAGUAAAGAUGAGAAGGCAGCAGGAGGCCUCGACCGAUGCAGGCGACACAGCCACAGCAGCACAAGGACAUCGACCAGCCACAGAGCUACUGCAACAGCCAGGAGGAGGGGAGUGAAGUGGACAAAGGGAAUGAAGGGGAAGGAUGAAGAGGACAGGGGGAAUGGGGGUAUGGAGGAGGGUGGGGCACACCUGGGAGGAAGACAGUCGAACUCACAAUUAAGUGUGAUAAGUAGAAAAGUAAGUAAGUACCCAUCUGUAUUGUAUUGGCAGCUGGCAGGGGCCUACGCAGUCAGGGGCCGUUUAUAGCUAUAUCAGGGCAAAGGAGACUGCUGGACUUUUGGGGAUCAUUAUUAUUAUUUUAAUUUAAUUUCUUUUGUUCCAUGUGUUAUCUUAAAAGGAUUACUUCACCCUGGAAGACACUCUACAACAGAUGAUUAUCAAGUUAGCCAGAUAACUGCAGAUAAUACAUCUAAUCUCUAUCUGUAAUCUCUCCAUCUUUGAUCAUGUAGCAGUUUCUGUGGUCAUUGAUAUCACCCAAAAGUAUAAUGUAUAAUAAUUUCUUGUAACCGUAAAUUCAAUUGCUGCUCCUCUUUCCCAGCUGCCCUCACCAAGAAAAUGUUCAUCUCUCUUCGUGAAUCUCCUAUCCCCAGCACCCUUGUCAACCAGUACCACCACACCUUUCCUGCCUUGAUCAGCUGGGUUAAGAUAGUUUCUUUUUCAGACUUCACUUCAUCAAAUGAAAUUCACAGCGCAUCAACUUGAAAGACUAGGUUCACCAAAAUCGACAGAUUUCACGCUCUAGGCAGCAUGAAUGUUGUCACCAAAAUUCAUGGCGACCCAUCAAACGCACCCCUCUGGACAAACCUACUGACUGACUGCCAGCCUAGCUGAUACAGUGACAUAUAGACUGCCGCUUUCCAGUAGGGCCACAAAAAUUUCCCAAGACACUCGUUCCUAAACCUGCUUUUUAAUGUGUAGUCUCUGUCUUACUCCUGGCACCUUAGGUAUUUUAAUCUCAGUCUUAUCUUUUUUCUUUUAUUUUCUUCCUCCUCAAUGCAUAUAUUUAUUCUGGUUAUUCUAUUUAUUGUCUGUGAAAAGUAUCUUUUAGUAUUUAUAAAAGUGCUACAUGAAACAAAUGUAUCAAUAGUAAAAAAAAAAUUACUGGAAACAGAUUAUGCUAUAUCCUGGAGACUUGAAACUGAUUUGAAUCUGUACAGCAAAACUUGAAUAUGGCUCAGCGUUUUUUGCUGAUGGUUGCUGAUAACCAAAUUUUCAAAAGAUAUUUUGUAACAGUGUUAUCUGGCUAACUUGCUAAUCCUGCUUUGUGGAAUAACCUGGUUAUUGUCAUAUGUGCAUUUAUACACAUAUUUAAAUAAAUUAAUGACAAAUGAAACAUA